AUGAAUUGCUAUCGAGCGAUGCACUGCUCGAUUUUCAUCGUGUCUGUUCUCAUCUCAACAGUGGUUGGCUACAAAUAUGUCGACUACAACAUUCAUGGGGCUGUUACACCUGGCUGGGAAUUCGUUCGUGAUCUCUUCCGAGAUAAUUUCGCCCAAGAUCGAGAUUUAGGUGCAUCAGUAGCGAUUUAUCAUCAAGGCAAAUUAGUCGUCGGAUUGUCGGGUGGAUGGUUUGACCAAUCGCGAGCAAAACCUUAUGAUGAUAAUGCAUUGCAGGUGGUCUUUUCUACAUCGAAAGGACUUGUGGCUGCGACUGUGGCGCUUGCUGUUCAACGUGGUCUACUCGACUAUUCGGCAUUAGUCACUCGUUAUUGGCCUGAAUAUGGACAGUACGGCAAGGAAAAUACGACAGUGGGCGAUAUUCUCUCUCAUCGUGCCGGGCUGCCUGAUGUUGCAGUUCCGUUCGAGCAAUAUAUGAACUGGACAGCAAUGAUACACACAUUGGAAGAUCAAUCACCAUCUUGGCCACCUGGAUCAGCUCAUAGUUAUCAUCCACUGACUUACGGUUGGCUUGCCGGUGAACUUGUUCGACGUGUUGAUCCGAAAAAGCGUUCGUUCGGACAGUUUAUUCAUGACGAAAUUUCAACACCGUCAAUAGUAGAAUUCUACAUCGGUCUACCAUCAACACAAGAACAUCGUGUAUCACCACUCGAAUUAAAUCAAAUAUCGAAAGAGAUCAUAAAUGAUUCGAUAACUGCUAGCAUAUAUUCAUUCAAUGAACCUCGCUUACAUCAAGUAGAAAUACCGGCAGUGAACGGAAUUACAAAUGCAUGGUCACUAGCACGAUUCUAUUCGUCAUUAAUUGGCGAUUUAGACGAUGGCAAAUACAAGCGAGUAUUGAACAAAGAUAUUAUGAAACUGGCAACCAAAUUGAAUAUGCCAGACGGUGAACUAGAUCUUGUCUCACAAGCACAUUUACCAUUUGGCAUGGGCUUUAUGCUUUUCGAUAAGAUGCUUCCUAGACUAGGAUCAGGAAGUUUUGGUCAUUUUGGAGCCGGUGGAAGUAUUGGUUUGGCUGUACCGUCGCAAAAUAUCUCUUUUGCUUAUGUCAUGAAUCGACUGGACAUAACAGUGGUAGGUCUUGAUCCUCGUAUCGAGCCGAUACUCACCAAACUUGCCGAUGUGAUCAAUAAAUAGAUGUCACACGCAAAAUUAAUCUUAGGCACAAUUCAUUGUAAUAAAGAGCGAGAGAACAUAACUUUUUUUUAAAAUGAAUUCUAACCCUUACUAUCAAUAAAACAGCAGAAUAUUCAUUUUCACUCGUUUAAUCGAAGACUAAAUGCAGUAAUGACUUCUAUUUUAACGUCAGAAGAUGAUUCUCGAAAACAGCUUUACGAACAGACACAUGAACACCUUCAAUCUUUAAAUUUUACUUUGGGUAAUCUAAC